AUGGACGAUUUGCAAUCGGCGUCUGUAUCUUAUGUGCGACUCAAGCCACGUGCACCGAGUGGUUGGCGCAGGGAGGCAUAUUUGCCUGUAAGUAUUGACGGCGACGCUUCUACGUUGCGGAUCAGCAACACAACCAGUAAAGAUAAUGUUGAUUCAUCGACGUCCAUCAUGAAACUGACGGAAAACAAGCAACGAAUUGUACCACAUCAGGCUGUCCUUUCAUUGUAUGGUUCUGGAUACUCCACGGGAAUAUCAGUGGAUCUUGGAUAUGAUACUACAGAUGUAUGUCCAGUGUAUGAAGGUGGGAUCAUCCGUUAUGCUCACAUGCAAACUAACUAUGCAGGUGCACAAAUUACUGACUUCUUCAAAGAGAGCUUGGCACAGAAGCACUAUCAUGAUUUUGGGAUACACACAUCAGAUAUUUUAGAAGGCAUGAAAAAGAAUAUGUAUGUAACACAAAAUGUAUCCAUGUCAGGGAAGGAUUGUAGAAGAAUUUAUACGUUGCCUGACGGUGAAGAAGUAGACGUGGGCGAAGAAGCAUUCAUGGCUGCUGAAAUGAUAUUUCAACCUGAUGAAGUCAAGGGAUUUAAGACGAAUGUUUUGCCGCUACAAGAAGCGAUUGUAACUGCAUCAUUGAAAUGUGAUACUGACCUAAGGCCAGAGCUGUACGAUGCGGUAGUUCUCUGCGGAGGACUGUCAAUGAUCCCUGGCUUAAAUACUAGAGUUGCAACAGAAAUAGAAAAUAUAAUUCAGAGACCCAUUAAUGUAAUAAUGUCACCAGAAGCAUAUGCUGUCGCUUGGUUAGGAGGAGCUACUUUUGCUGCGGAGUCUCCCGUGCUUACGUACUUGUACCAACUCUCGUACUCUUUGGGGCGUGUGCCGGAGACUAGGAGGGAUGCCAAUAUGCAACCGGUGCCCAAAGAGGGGGACCGCUCAGACCCGGCUAACUCUCGGCCGAUAGCUUUCACCUCAGUGUUGUGUAAAGUCUUAGGAAGGGUCCUUAACAACGAUCUGACCUGCUACUUCGAAGAUUACUGUCUGAUUCACGAUCGUCAAUAUGGAUUUAGGCCGAAUCGAUCGACGGGUGACCUUCUAACAAGCGGGGAGAGUAUCGCCAAGGCUCUUGAUAGGGUCUGGCACAAAAGCCUUUUCUCCAAGUUUCCGGAUGGCUCUGCUAAAUACUUACUCGAUGCCGUAGAUAGGUUGCAGCGGCGCGCUGCCCGCAUUAUUGGCGAUGAAGAUGUAACUAAGAAACUCAAAUCUCUAGAAUUACGCCGCGAUAUGGCAUCAUUAAGUACACUCUACCGACUAUACCACGGCGAGUCUCCUGAGGAGUUAUUCUCCCUUAUCCCUCCAUCAACUUUUCUUAAGAGUACCAUGCGCGCUGGCCUACUUUGUCACCGACUUACUGAGGCCACUAUUCCUACACGAACAAAGAAAUUUGUUGACUCAUUUUUUUGUCGUAAUAUUCGCAAGUGGAAUUCGUUGCCCGCGCAUGUGUUCCCUCCUUCCUAG